AUCUGCAGCAAAAACACUGGGUGGGGAAGGCUCUCUCAUCCUAAGAGAACUAAUGUUGGAUUUGAUACUGUGUCCAUCAUGUUUGGCUUGAGCAACAAGUUUGAUACAGAAUUUCCUUCUGUUCUGACAGGGAAGGUUGCCCCAGAAGAAUUCAAGACCAGCAUCAGUCGCGUGAAUGCAUGUUUAAGAAAGAAUCUCCCUGUCAAUGUAAAAUGGCUGCUUUGUGGCUGUCUGUGCUGCUGCUGCACACUGGGCUGUAGCCUGUGGCCUGUAGUCUGUCUUAACAAAAGAACUAGAAGAUCAAUUCAGAAGUUAUUAGAAUGGGAAAAUAACAGACUAUAUCAUAAGCUUGGUUUGCACUGGAAGCUGAGUAAAAGGAAAUGCGAAACUAGCAAUAUGAUGGAAUAUGUAAUAUUAAUAGAGUUCUUACCAAAAUAUCCCAUAUUUCGACCUGACUGAGGAACAGCAUUUGAGCUUUCAUGUUACCUGUCAUUUUCUACCCUUAGUGCCUUGUAGAUGAUUUUGGAAAGAAGAUGGUCUACUUUGCUGUGACUUAAAAAUGUUCUUCAGUAGAAUAUCUUCCUUGCUAUGUUACUUUCUUUUGUUAAGAAGAGAACAAUUUGCACAUUUUUUUUAUGUUAAAUGAGGCUUCUGUGUUGCACUCUGAAUUUUUAACAUUAACUGAUAUAGUUGCCACUAGGGAUCUAACAUCAGUGCUGCUUAAACUUGUUCUGAGCAUGCUGCCUUAUUAAUUUCUAUAUUUGCUGUCCUCAAACAUGCAUCCUAAUGCCAUGUCAUACUAUAUUUCAUUCUAAAUGUCCCAAUCCUAUAAACCCUCAGUAGAAAUGUCCAGGUAAGCAUCUAGUAGUAAUGAUUUUAGUAUAACUUGCUUGCAUAGGACUUGCAAUCAACAGCACUGGUUUUGUCCUGCACUUUGCAAAAUCAUCAUUUACAUUAGGGGGUUAAUUAUUUUACCCACUAUGGAUUUGUAAAUAUUGACUCUUUGCAUAAUGUAAAGUGUGGUAUGCCAAGGUUUACAGAAUGUAAUAUAGCUCUAAUUCUAUUGCCAACAGUCCGACAUCGUUUUAUUCAUUACAUCUGCUAGUAUCCCUCUGAUUGUAUAGACCCAUUCACAUGCUGUUUUUAUGGUAAAGCCAUAAUGAGUUUGUACAUACUAUCAGAUGUGUAGGGCUCAGUUGCACUUUGUUUAGUAAAUGGAUGAAAAAUGCAUAGCAUUUCUGUCUUUUUUUUUAAAGUAUUUCAGGUGGUGUUUGUAGCACCUGAAAUAGGAAGCUUAAAUACUGUUCACCUUUGAAAAAGUUGCAUUUGUGGGGUAGAUGGCAGCUGCUAUUAGCAAAAUACCCUAAAGCCUCUUUUUAAGUUAGGAAUAUAUGGAUGUCAAGUUUUGUUUUGUUUUUAAGUAAGGAAAAAAGUGUUUCAUAAUUGGAGACCUUCAUUACUGAGGAGAAAAAUUUGGAACAGCCAAAUCAAAGCUGAAGUAACGCUUUCGUUAUUUUUGUAGCGUGAUACUACUGCAACAUUAUAACAGUUAAGUGACACGGCAUCCUUUCCAGUGGAAAUAAAAUUUAUCUAAAUCAGAGUAGUGUUUUAAAAUAUGAUGAUAGGAGGAAGUGGAUCAGUUGAAGGGGUUCAUGCAUAUGUUUUGGCGUUCAGGCACAGUCUGAAGAGCCACAAAUGCGUUGUGGAAUUCACAAGUAUUUUUGGAUUCUUCCCUGUUUGCCUGAUCUCAGGAAGGGAAGUAAUUGUAGAAGAACUUCCUGUAAUGGCUGGCCUGAGCAAGACCACUUGAUAAUAGUAAGCAAAUGAAAAUUGAUGCAAGUUCCCUCCCUUUCCUAACUAGAAAUAAGAAAUCGGAAUAAAAACAGCAGAUGACUAUCUGCAAGUUGUGAUGAAUAUCAUUGUAAGUGUCCAGGCAUUUCUUUGCAGCAGCUUGACUCCUUGCGACAUCAUCCCAAGUUGCUUUUUAGUUUCAGGGUGACUUGGGACUUCCUCUGAAUGUAUUUGCAUCUUUUCAGUAUGCAAUAUUGUAUUAAAAUAUAAUAUUUGUAAGACUAUUGAUUUCUUGUACGCAGUGUUUACAGAAGGCCAGUUUUAUGCAAGUUGUUACUUCGAAUCAAAUUUCAUGCUAUUCUUACUGUACAGCUGAGGAGUGUCAGACUCCAGCGCUUGCAGUAGUUUCCAAUCACAGACUGAUGCUUCAGAUUGUGAAAUCUGUGUACUUAGUGCAGAGGUUUCAUUUGACUGGUAGACUGGCGACAACUAACUCUGUAAUUGCAUUUGUAACAUAAUGAAUAAAAAACUACUGUGUUGUUUGAAUUUAACGUUAGCUACACCUUGCAACUCAGAUUUCUAUCACAGAACCAAGCAAAGUGUUCUCUCCAAUUUAUUUUUUUUAGGAUGAGUGUUAACCGGAAGCAGAGAAAACACUUAAUGGCAGAAGAAUGCAGUGUAAACCAAAACUGAAAUAGCACACCCAAUUUUAUGUAUUUCCCUUACAAAUAAGUUUCUGGAGUAAAUGAAGGGAGCUUAGCUUAAUUAACAGAACAAUGGAAGUUUCUUACUGUUAUGGCAGAACUUUGGUAGUAAUUUCCUUUUUUUGUGUAAGAAACUCAAGGAAUCUCAGCAGGUUCUUAUUUUCUUCUUUAUGUGACUAUAUUUUCAAAAUGCUCUUUUUUCCGACUGAGAGAACAGGCAAGCCGAAUGAGAGUUCUAGUAGUUGCCAGCGGUGAAUGCUGAGCAGUGUUCAGUUUCGCUGCUGAAAGAAAUCCUCUUCAGUCUGUGCUGACUUCAUCGUAUUCAGUUCAAAAUUUCUCAACCUGAUUUGUCUUGUUUCUGUGAAGUGCUGUGCCGAGCUGAGAGAAUACCCUGAGCUACAGGAGCCCCCAGGCCCUCUGGGCUGCUCCCUGGCCACCCCGUGCUGCGAUAU